UGAUAUGGUAAUAAAAUUAUUUUUUAAAUUAGUUAUUGGGGGAGUAUUAAAUAUAAGUUUAGCGCUAUAGUCGUCAGUGGAGUGUUUCAGUUUUCCAGUUAUCUAAUUUUUUUUAGGAAGCAAGAUAUAAAACAGCAAUAAAAAAUGUCGAGGGAUAAACAACUUAUUACCCCACUAAAAGAAGCAAGGCGAUUUAUGAUUGACUGUUUCAAAGCAGUGGGAGCUAAUCAAACUCAUGCUGAAAUAGUUGCAGAUAAUUUGCUGGAAGCUGAUUAUAGGGGACACUAUACCCAUGGAAUGAAUAGAUUAGAAAAGUACAUUAAAUUUUUACAACACGGACUUGUAAGUCCCAAUGCUGUGCCUACAAUAGACAAAGAAACAGAGGCCACUGCAUUAGUCAAUGGUAAUAAUGGCUUUGGUGCUGUUGUGGGACAAUAUUGCAUGGAUUUGGCUAUAGAAAAAGCUAAAAACAUUGGAAUAGGAUUAGUAGUAUGUCAUGGUUCAAAUCAUUAUGGAAUGGCUGCAAUGUUUGCUCUGCAAGCCAUUAAAAAAGGAUUCAUAGGAUUUAGUACGACUAACUCUCCCUGUCUGUUGGUUCCAACUAGAGCAAAAAAGUCUGCUUUGGGAACAAAUCCGAUAGGAUUCGGAGUCCCUGCGAACGAUGGGGAUAGCUUUGUCCUGGACACGUCAACGACCGUUGCUGCUUUAGGAAAGAUUGAAAUACAAAGAAGAAAGGGGGAACCAAUUCCACCAGGAUGGGCUUUAAAUAAAGAAGGCAAAGUUGAAACUGAUGCCGAUAUUGCCUUUCAGGAGAAGUUGUUGCUUCCUCUUGGAGGAGAAGAAAUAAACGCUGGGUAUAAAGGAUAUGGUUUGGCUGUAUUCGUAGAUGUAUUAUCUGGAAUUUUAUCAGGAUCAAAUUAUGGUCCAAAAGUACCAAAGUUUGGCACAGUAGAAAAUCUAGGACAGGCCUUUAUAGCGAUUAAUCCACAAGUAUUUGCACCUGGAGUAGAAAAUAGAAUGAGUGACUUGAUGAACUAUUUAAGAAAUAUGGAACCUGUAGAUCCAAAUCUACCAGUGUUAGUGGCUGGCGAUCCCUCAAGGCAGAAUAUGGAAAAAGUUCAUAGAGAUGGAGGUUUAUCCUACGUCCAAAAUCAACAUGAUACGAAUAAGAAGCUUGCUGAAAGGCUUAAUGUGGCACCAAUGAAAUCGAUUUAAAUAAUACGAGAGAUAUAAACAUAAAUUUUAUUAAAUGCAUGAUUUAAAAAAUGUUACACUCCAGCUUAGCCGAUAAUAAAAUGCUUCUUCCUAA